AUGAAAGGUAGUAACAGAGGAAAUUCGGACAGUCUUCCGUUCCUGAGACGGAUGUACGAUGUAUUUCUCGAUAGCGAGAGACGAUCAAGGAAAGAAUUAAAGGAACGUGAAAAAGAAGCGAGACGAAAGAUUCACGAGGAAUCAAGGGGUUGGGAAAAGAGUAUUACAAAAGAAGAGCAGAACCGUCGCGGUAGGAUUAGGAGGGAAAAAGCAGCAGAAAAAAAGCGUGCAAAAGAAGAGCAAAACCAGCGCGGUAAAAUUAUUCGCGAAAGGGCGGCAGAGAAAAAGCGUGAGAAGGAAAAGAGGAAACAGGCUAACCAGGAAAAGAAGCGUCUCCGCGAUUUGAACGAAACAGUUAUUCAACGAGAACGUAGACUUCGCAGGAACGAGUACGAAAGAACAAGACGUAGGAAGAAAAAGGAAGCGGAAGCAAGAUACUUAGAGUUGACACCGAUUCAAGAAAAUUCGGCGAUACGUGGAAUGGUGGAAAAAUAUAAGAUCGAACCGACAACCGCUUUUGAUGUGUUGACGUUUCUGGAACUUGUCCGUCCGAGAGUUCGCGAACUUUUGGAUGGAUUACGCGGAAAUAUGUCCAGAAAUAUUAGGUUGGAAUUAAUUUGUCUGAUGGGAAAGGAAUUGGUGGAUGGAAAAGAGGAAUUGAAGGAGGUAAAUUUCAUGACGGAAAAUUAUAAGCUUCACGGUGUUGGUACGUUGACGGAUGAGAUUUGGGAACAGAUGAAGGAUAAGAUUUUGCUAGAGUUUUCUCGCUAUGUUUUGAAAAGAGUCCAGCGUUUGUUUAUUCACGUCGGGAAAUUUAUUCCGUUCAAGGGAAAGGGUUGUUCAAUUCCGCUUCCGGAUUUUAUAAGAAAAAAGCAUGCACUGAUCAAUAUGAAAAAUACAGACGACGAAUGUUUUAAGUGGGCAGUGACCCGUUUUUUAAAUCCGGUGGAAAGAAAUUCCGAAAGGAUUUCAAAGAAACUUCGUAAACAGGCGGAGAAUUUAAAUUGGAAAAGGGUUGAAUUUCCGACUCCGAUCGAUGGAGAAUCUAUCGAGAAUUUCGAGGUAAAUAACGGCGUCAACGUCAACGUGUUUUCGUGGGAUAAGGACGAUGGAUUUUAUCCGAUAAGGAUCAGUAAAUGUUAUUCGUCGGGUGGAACGACAGUAAUCCAACUUUUUCUGUGGGACGAACAUUAUUACGUCGUGAAAGAUAUGUCGAGAUUGAUCAGAUCACAGAUGACAAAGGAUAGACGUGUCAAGUGUUUUUGCGACAAGUGUUUGAAUGGAUUUGGGCGCGAGGAUCUUUUAACGAAACAUUUAGAACGAUGUUUAAACGAGAAGGUAAAAGGAGUGGGUAAGUAUCCUGCAAAAGGUUCCGUCUGUAAGUUUAACGGAGAAAAAAGGACACAAAUUCAUCCGUACGUCAUCAGUGCGGAUACGGAAUCUUUUUUGAAGAAAAAGGAAAAGUUUGGAAGAAUUAGUAGGAAGAAAUUAAAAGGUCAGGGAAGGAAACAUUUACACGAUCACGUGAUGAAUUCUUAUUGUUUUCAUACUGUAAGUACGAACGAAGAUAGAAUGAAGUCGGAAACGGUUCGACGAACAUCGGUUCACGAAUUACAAUGUAUAUCGGAUAGGUUUGUGGAUGAUCUUGUUGCAAAGGUAAGUGAAUUUUUUCGGAACACCCACGAUCCACUUCCCAUGGAGAAAAUGUCCGAGGAUUUAAAAAAGUCACAUCAAUCGGAGACGAGAUGUUACGUAUGUAAUUCUGAAUUUUCGGAAGAAAAUUGGAAGGUACGAGACCACUGUCAUUUUACAGGAAAAUACCGGGGAGCUGCAUGCAACGUAUGUAAUCUCGAAAUGUCUGCACCAGAGUUUGUUCCCGUUUAUUUUCAUAAUCUCGAAGGAUACGACGCCCAUUUAAUUAUUCGUGCACUUGCAAGAAUUCCGGGUAGGUUUAAAAGUAUUUCGAAAACGGAACAAAAUUAUAUUUCCUUCCAUUUCUUAUAUUGCCUUUUGUGGAUAAGGAAACGGGAGACAAAUACAACAAGAAAGUUGAAAUUCGGUUUCUGGAUUCGGGUAAGUUGAUGCAAUCGUCGUUAGAAAAAUUAGCGAACGGAUUGGAUAAGGAGACGGAUUUUAUACAGUUGGAUCGAUAUUGCGACGAAAUGGGAUAUACGAAGAUUCAACGGGACUUAUUAAAACAGAAGGGAGUUUAUCCUUACGAAUACAUGGACGAUCAUGAAAAGCUUGACAGGAGUCGUCUUCCACCAAAAAGAUUUUUUUACAACGGAUUAAAAAUGGAAGACAUCACGGACGAGGAAUACGAACGCGCGAAAAAAGUAUGGAAGACGUUUGGAAUGAAAAGCAUGUUGGAUUAUCAUAAUUUAUAUCUCGUAACGGACACGUUAAUUUUAUCCGACGUGAUCGAAAACUUUCGGAAGGAAAGUCGUGAAACGUACGGACUGGGUUCACCGUGGUAUUACACGGCACCAGGACUUUCGUGGGAAGCGGCAUUAAAAAAGACGAUGGUUAAAUUAGAGUUAAUUACCUCCCCUCGGAUGUAUAGAUUUAUAGAAAAAGGAAUUCGCGGUGGAAUAAGUACGUCGGUAAUGCGAUACGGAACGGUCGAUAAUAAAUAUGUUGGGAUUUCAGAAGUUCCCGAAGGAAUUAUAAAUUUAAUGCGAGACUUGGAUUCAAAAAUCAGAAAGGAUCCGACCGAUAUCCGCGAAAAGGUUUUGGAAUUUGAGAACGAGGUCUGUAAAUUUUUAUGGGAUUAUAAUCAGGAGGACGACGAUAAAAUUAUGAAAUACAUCGAAAGGAAUCUGACGCGAUGGGUAACAUGUCUUAGCGAUCACGGAAAGGAGGAUGAUUCCGUAUUCAUUCCGUACUUGGAUGCAAACGGUUUGUAUUCUCACGUCAUGACACAACCGUUACCCUACGCCGACUUUGAAUGGAUGUCCGAACAGGAGAAGGAAGAAUGGGAUCGUUUUCCGGAAGGAAAGGGUUGUUUCUUAGAAGUAGAUUUAGAAUAUCCGGAGGAACUUCACGAUCUUCACAGCGACUGUCCGCUUGCUCCGGAAAGGAUGUUAACAAAAAGUGGUGGUGAAAAACUGGCACCGAAUUUAUACGAUAAGAAAAAGUAUAUUCUCCACGCGAGAAAUUUAAAAUUUUACCUUGAACAUGGUAUGAAAUUAUCGAAAAUUCACGGGGGUGUUAUGUUUUCGGAACGACCGUGGUUGGCCGAAUAUAUUCAUAUGAAUAUCGAACUUCGUAAAAAAGCGACGACGGAUUUCAAGAAGGAUUUUUACAAGUUGAUGUGUAACGCAAUUUUUGGAAAGACGAUGGAAAACGUGAGAAACCGGACGGAUAUCAAACUGGUCAACGACGAAAAGGGAUGGAAUAAGUUGGCGAGGAAAUGGAAUUUUGAAAAGGCGACUAUUUUUUCGGAAGAUUUGGUAGCGGCUCGUAUGGCAAAGACAGAGUUUUACUUGAAUAAACCAAUUUACGUGGAAGCCGCAGUUUUAGAUCUGAGUAAGAUUCACAUGUAUAAAUUUUUCUACGAUUAUCUGAAACCUAAAUUUGGUAAAAAUGUAAGACUGAUGUAUACGGACACGGAUUCGUUCGUCUUACGCAUAAAAACUAACGACUUUUUCAAAGAUAUUUCGAACAAUGUGAACGAAUGGUUCGAUACGAGUAACUUUCCAAAAUCUCAUCCGUCGGGAAUUCCGUGUGGAAAAAACAAGAAGGUUUUGGGAAUGAUGAAAUUUGAAACGGAGGCGGUUCAGAUUGUCGGGAUGGUUGCACUGCGUGCGAAAUUAUACGCUUAUAAAUUAGAAGAUGGUAGUGAAGGAAAAAGAGCAAAGGGAAUCAAGAAAGCAACGAUCAAGAGAACGAUGAAUUACGAGGAUUUUAAAGAUUGUCUUUUCACGGGAGAGAAACAACAUCGUGAGAGGGAUGUGAUUCGAAGUUACGAUCAUUGUAUUCGUACGGAAAGGAUUACAAAAGUAGCAUUAUCGUCCGACGACGACAAGCGUCAUAUUUGUAAGGAUGGAAUUCACACGCUGGCACAUGGACACAAGGAUAUUUUUUAAGUAAGUCUUUGUAACAACUUGUAACAAAAUCCAAGACUAUUUUCGGAUUCCUUGCAAGUAAGUCUUGGUAACAACUUGUAACAGAAUCCAAGACCGUUCUUAAAUUUCUUGAUAACAAAAAUUUUACGUUUGUCCUACAGAUCCUCACAAGUAAAAUUUAA